AUGAUGGCUUUCGCAUCAGUGAUGAGCACCAAUCGUCAUAUGGAUCGCGGCUGUGAAAGGAAAACGAGAAUGAAGCGAUACCAGUUCAGCGUGAACGAGGAUCGCGAUCGUGAAAAGAUCGAAGCGUUUCCGACAGGCUGGGUGAAACAUCACCGUGGCGGACGAAGAGGUGAACAGCUGAUCGAUCAACGAAAGAACAGAAGCGAAGCUGAUCUUGCUGCCGGCACUAUUGCCACACUUCAUCAGAAUAAUCAUAAUAAUAGCAAUUUGCUGGCUGCUCUUGCCGUCACUCAUCUUAAAAGCUUUGAUGAUGAAAUUAAUAUACACAAUCAACGCUAUGAAUUGAAUGACCCAGCAGAUGAGCCACCAAAAAUGCCAGCGGCAGCGGUUGUGGCUCUAACGACAGCAAAUGAAUCGGGCGCUACAGCGUUUUCCAGUCCAACGGCAGUGAGACGCGAGGAAGGCGUCUUUGGGCAGUACACACCUUUGCAGCAACAGGAAAAACAACUUGGCCGUGGAAAUCACGCAAAUACCGAAUUGCUGUUACAUCGUCAAAAGCGUUAUUUGGUCUUUCCCGAAGGCAGCUCUUUUCAGAUGGUUUUUGAUCUCAUCAUCGGAAUGGUUGACUAUACGAGUUAUCUCAUUUUGGGCAUCACUUGCGCUGUCGCCUGGGAACUGCCGAGUAAACCGCCCAGUGAAUUAAUCGAAGAAUUACAUGACAAAGUAACGGAAGGCAUUUACCCCCCAAGUGGAGCGAAACCAGCAACGGAGGCAACAGCAAUGCGACGCAAUGACAGCACCGUGGUCGGCGAUGGUAUGGCCAUCAGUAAAUAUGGCGUCAACGCUGAGAGCAUCAAAUAUGUGGAUAAUUCAAAUGUGCCAGCGUACUACGAUAACUUGCUGCAGAGGCCGAUAGGCACAGCAGGAUUGCGACAACCACCACAAACGCACGAGUUGCCACCUUUUAAUGCCUUUGAAGCGGCACAUCAAACCAAACUCUUUCCUGUGCCCGCUACCAGUUACAGCGGCUACCAUAAAGAGACGCCUGGCAGCCGUGGUGGCAUUGCCAACGGUGCUUAUAGGCCGAUAAACUAUUACGCCAACAUACAAAGUGACUACAAAAACAGCAACGGCAACAACAAGUAUUACAACCCUACGCACAAAUACAGUUUUGCUGAUAAAAUUGCAAAGUCAAGUUACUAUGGUGUCAGCGACAGCUACAACAAAAACCCCUUUGGCAAUACAGCUGAGGGUGAUUCAACAGAUAAACUUCCAGUGAAUGCCGCCAAUCGGUGGCAGCAACACCAGCAGCCACAGUACAAAAAGUGGCAAUCAUGGCAGGAUUAUGACAGCAACUGGCAGUCAUAUCAGCAGCCACAGCAAAAGCAUGCGAAAUGGGCACAACAGCAACAACAAUGGCAACAGCAGCAGCAAAAAUGGUCAACUCAGUCGAAAAAUGUGCCGAAGGACAAUUGGUGGUCGCGCAACAAGCAACAAGUCACGGACAGUUGGCGCGUCAAGCAAGCCGAUGGCUUGGCCAACCGAGUGCGCUUGCCCGAUGCUCCAAUGCCAACUCGUCCACCUGUGCUGACCUACGCACCGCCUAGUACCGAUCCAAAACAAUCAGAAGCUACAUUCAGCUCGAACGCCGAAACAUUGGAAGGUCGCAGCUUUGAUGGAGCUCAACGCCGCCUCCUCACAACACACCCAAAAGCCAGAGUUUACCCAGUUUUCGGACGCCGCCGUCGUAGGCGACGCAGCGUGGCUGCAGAAUUAGAUGACUUUGAGCAUAAGCUGGAGCGCAUACACUUGCGUGAGCAACUCCGUACGCGACAAAAGCUUUAUGGCAAAAUUGAGAAACUCUAUGAAACCCGCGGUAUGAACGGCAGCGCUUGUGUGUUGCGUGCGCUUUGCGAAACUGGACAGCAGCAACAAAGCUAUGAAGAGGGCAAAGCGGAACCACAAAGUUUCAUCACGGAACUAUUGCGCGCCAUUUUCGUGUUGCCCACAACUGGUGCAAGUGCAGGAGUUGGUGCCGGCACAGUGAACUUCGAAGAGCCCGCACUACAUCCGACCGAUUUACACAUCAUUGAUCGCCCAUACAGGGAGGCGCAAGCGCAUCGCGGCAGCUGUUCGCAACUUUUUGCCAUGUGUGAGCACAGCAUCUGGGAGUGA